AUGUUACGAAAUGAAAAUUGUUGUUCAUCAGUCAUAUCAGAUGCGUUCUCAAAAGAUUUGCCGACAACUAAAAUAAAUACCUUAGAUGAACGUCGUAGUUACUUCUUUGAUCGUGAGCAUAAUAAUAUUGAAUCACAUCAACUGAUAUUUCUCGAUAUAAAUUUGAAUAAUACUACACAAUAUACCAUUCCGUUCUUAUUGGAAGAGUUUCGCAAAAUCGUUAAUUAUACGAAAUUCAUAAAUGAUAAUGAAGAAGCUGUUCAAUUUAUUGAACAAACAAACGAUACAACAACAUUUUUAAUUUGUUCUAAUUGUUCUAAUCAAAGUAUUAUUCCUCAAAUUCACAUUCUAAGACAUAUCCGAUCAAUUUAUAUCUAUUGCCAAGAAGAACACGAACAUCAACAAUGUCCACAAGAAUAUAGUAAAACCAGAUGCGACGUCUACAAUGAUUCACAAUUACUAUUAAAAGAUCUCAAAUAUGAUAUCGAAAAAUAUUUACAGCAAGCGAAAGAUGGCAUUUUUAGUGAAGUUGGAAAAGAUAACUAUUCAACAAAUAUUUUUACAUUUUCGUGGUGGAACUAUGUAAUUUCUAUGAUCUGUCAUUUGACAUAUCCUGAUAAUUGUCUUGAAACGUUUCUUAUAAAAUUAAGACAUUACUAUCAAGAUCGACAGUCGGAGUUGAAAAUAUUAGAUGAAUUUGAACGAACUUACACAUCUAAUACAGCUAUUUAUUGGUACACACGAAAUACAUUUUUCUUUCAUCUUCUCAACAGAGCACUUCGUCAGAAAAAUAUCGAAGUUAUCUUUUUAUUUAGUUUUUUUAUCAAAGACAUGUACAUGCAAUUGAAGAAUGAACAUGAAAAAUUUCAAGCUACUUAUUCAGACAUUGAAAUGGUGGAAGUUUAUCGUGGACAGAUUAUGUCAUCAGAUGAAAUUUAUGAGCUCACAAAAGAUACUGAUUUUAUUACUACUAGUUUCUUUUCAACAACUUUGGAUCAUACUCUUGCAUCGUUUUUGACCGAAUCAUUAGGUACCCAGGAUGAUCAAUGGAAACGUGUUUUAUUUGAAAUUCAAGUUGACAGUCGUUUUAAAACUCAUCCGUUCGGAGACAUUGCAAGUUUAUCUUAUUUUCCUAAUGAAAGUGAAGUUUUAUUUAUGAUUGGAGCUCGUUUCAAAGUUAUUGAAUGUUACCAUAAUGAUGAUACAGGUCUGUACGUAGUAAAACUCAAAUUAGAAGAUGAAUCAUCUUUAAGACAGGAAUACAAUGUUAUUGGAAUAACAGCAAGAGCAACAUUAAAAAAUUGUAUCAAUGAAAUAAUACAUCAUUUAUAUAAAGUGAGUUUAGAAGACGUCCACAGUCUUUUUAUAGAAUUACAAGAAUUAUUUCCCUUGGAAAAGAGCUGGCUGGAUGCAGUUAAAUAUUUUGUAAUCGCUCGAAUCUAUCAACAGUUCCAUAUCAAGCAUUAUCCUGAAUAUGUCCAGAAUACAUUGGAUAAGUUGAAACAAGCAUUAAAUAUUUAUCAAUCGUUUAUCAACGACAAGGAACUUACUUGUGCUGUUGAUAUCGGUCGUAUUUGUUCCAGUUUGGGUUUCGUUUAUGACAUUUAUGUAAAAGAUAAUAUUCUCGCUAAUAACUAUUAUGAUCUUGGAAUUACUUCCUGCACUUUAUCACUACAGACAACUACAGAUAAGCAUAAACGGAUAGAACUUUAUGAUAUAAUAGGCUCGCUUUCUCAAAAUAGAGUAACAAUCACCGAUGACGAAACUCAACGAAAAGAAAUCUUACUCGAUUGUAUUACAUAUCGAAAACAACAGUUGGAAGAGUUAUUAAAUUAUCUUCCAGAAAAUCAUUCAGAUCUGUUAAACUGCAUUCAUAGUUUAGCUGAACUACAGAAUGCAGUUGGUCUUGUCACAGAAACAACAAUGAACUAUGAGAAAGUGAUACAGAUUUAUUUGCAACAGGAUGAGCCCAGUUUUAGCUCAAGUGCCGAAAAUUAUGGUAAAAUUUCAAAAAUGUACGCUGAACAAAAACAAAAUUACACUCAAGCUCUUCAUUAUAAACAAAAAGAAGUUGAAUGCAGAAUAAAAUACAGAGCAGUUCCAACAAAUUCUAUUGUGUUAAUAGCUUCAAUCAAUUCUGAUUUGGCUGAAACAUAUCGAGAAUUGGCCGAUUUUUAUAUUCAAUUAUCUGAAUAUGAACUGGCUGAUGAAAGUUUGUUAAUAUCCAUGCAGUUAAAGAGUACGAUGCUUUCUCGUUUAGGUCAAUCACCAUCAUAUGAUAUUAUUCAUGAACCACUCGAAAAAUGGAAAAAUUGCUAUGGAGAAAAUCUUUUGGCACAGUUUUACAAAGAACCAAGUCGAUGGGCUUUUCUUUUCGAAAUAAAUGCUUUAAGAACAUUGGCUGAACUAUAUGUGGAACCAUCAAAAGAAUUGAUUAAAAUUCACGAACGAUCGAUUCAUUCUACUCGUCAUUGUUUUAUUGAAAAUCUUUUUGAAAAUGGUACUCUAACCAACGUUGAAUAUCAGAUAUUAGAUGAUGAUUUCAAAAGGCUUACCGAUAAUAACUCAUGCAAAGUCGAUCUGAUACUCUAUCUACGAACAGAACCGGAAGUCUGUCUUAAACGCAUUCGUGCUCGUAAUCGACCUGAAGAAGCAAAAAUUGAUCUUGACUAUUUACGCGCUCUUCAUCGGCAACAUGAACAAUGGUUAACAUCAAAAAUUUAUCAUGAUCGUGCAAUGCUCCCACGUGUAAUUACCAUUGAUGCUAAUCAAGAUGAAGAACAAGUAUAUGAAGAUAUCGAUACUCAUAUGAUCGAUUUUAUUUCACAAUGA